AUGAAUUCAUUCUCGUUCUCAAUGAUCCUCAACCUCCCCAGCUCACCAGCAUGUAUCAGGGAUGACGAGGUUUCGUUCUUCACUGCAGAACUUUUUACCUUUUCACCUCCGCUAUUGUUACCGCCACAUAACUGGCCUCACAAAAAAAUUUGGUUGCACAAUAAUAGCAAAAAUCCGCUGUUGGCUCUAGUCCUCAUCUGCAAAGUAUUUCGAAGUAGCUGCAAGUGUCCCCUUGCCGUUUGGCUGCAGAUCCACUACAACAGUGUGAGUGGGUCAGCAAACUACUUAGCUCGACUUAUAGUGGACCGUUUUUUAUUAACCUAG